AUGCAGUCCAAGGUUGAAGGCAAAGCCAGAGUCAGGCCAAAAAGUGUGACCGAAGCUAUACAGCCAUUAUCCACCGACUCUCAAACUCCAGAUCAUUGGAUUGCACGAGACAGCUGCAUGAUUCGACUUACGGGAAAACAUCCAUGCAACGUAGAGGCCCCCUUAUCCGCGUUGUUUAAUGCCGGAUUUCUUACUCCCCAAAACCUCUUCUAUGUUCGCAGUCAUGGAGAUACUCCACGUGUCAGCAUCAAACAGGCGCAGGAAUGGAAGCUACGGAUCCACGGACUUGUUGAGAAAGAAAUUGAGUUUUCAAUUCAAGAGCUCAAAGAUAAAUUCCCAGUUGUCACACUGCCUGUCACUCUGGUAUGUGCUGGCAACCGUCGCAAGGAGCAGAAUAUGGUUCUCAAGGGGCUUGGGUUCAACUGGGGUGCAGCGGGUGUGUCUACGGGUCUCUUUACAGGCGUAUAUCUAGCUGACAUUCUGGAUUAUUGCAAGCCUCGGAAUGCUCUCCUAUCUUCAUACCCCUCUGGUGAUCAACAUAUUCCUGGACGUGCGCGCCAUGUCAUCUUCGAAGGCGCGGACGAACUUCCCAAAGGGAAAUAUGGUACGUCCCAGAGGCUCAGCUGGGCGUUGGAUCGAAGCAAGGGCAUGCUCAUAUCUUGGGGCCUCAAUGGAGAGGAUCUUCUGCCCGAUCACGGCUAUCCUCUCAGAUUAGUGGUACCGGGCCAGAUCGGUGGGCGAAUGGUAAAAUGGCUUCAACGAAUCGAGGUCUCGGACCGCGAGAGUCAGCACUAUCUGCAUUUCUUCGAUAACAAGCUUCUCCCCACUACAGUAACGGCCGACCAGGCGAGAAAGGAAGACAAAUGGUGGUACGAUCCAAAAUACGUUAUCAAUGAACUCAAUGUCAAUGCGGCAAUCUGUUCGCCAUCCCACAACGACACAGUCCAGCUGGCGUCUGAUACUUCCAUGACGCAGAUCUUGGCUAUAGAAGGAUAUGCGUACACUGGUGGUGGACGACGUAUAACCCGUGUCGAGGUGACACUUGACGAUGGAGAGACUUGGAAUCUUUGUGAUAUAAAAUACCCAGAGGAUCUCUACCGCGUGUACCCUAUAGGGAAUCACCAUUACUACGGGUCUCUUGACUUGACCAUGACCGACAUGAGUUUUUCAUGGUGUUUUUGGAAGCUUGAAGUCGAUAUCAAGUCACUGCUAGCAGAUCGCGAUGCCGGGUUCAUUGCCGUGCGCGCAAUGGAUGAAGCUCUGAGCAUUAUGCCGCGGGACAUGUAUUGGAAUGCCACGUCGAUGAUGAAUUCCUGGUGGUUUCGCGUCGCUGUAUACAAGGACAAUCAUGGCCAGACUCUCCGGUUCGAACAUCCAACUGUACCAGGCAAUGCCAACGGCGGCUGGAUGCAGCGUAUGAAUGAGGCUGGAGCAGAUCCGAGACAUCCUUGCCUCAAGGGGAAUAACUUGUUUACUGGCACAUCUUCUAGUUCCACCACGGCAACUACGGCUACAUCUAAAGCGGAUGAUGAUACCAAGAGUGUGAUAAUUAAUCCAGAUAAAAUAGCAACAAUUGUUACGGCGUCUCAGUUUGCCGAGCAUGCUGAUGGAGAGGGCCCUUCUCCUUGGUUCGUCGUUGAGGGCCAUGUAUACGAUGGGACAGAUUUCCUUACGUCUCACCCUGGUGGAGAGCAAUCUAUUCGUCUAGCUGCUGGCGAGGAUGCUACCGAAGACUUUCUGGCUAUUCACUCCAUGGAUGCCAAGAAAUUGUUGAAAGAUUACCAUAUUGGAAAGCUGGAACAACUCGCAUCGCCAUCUACAAGUCUGUCACCAAAGUCUGAUAACCAAGAUGACCCAUCUAAGCCGUUUCUUGAUUCAAAAGUAUGGAAGGAGAUUCGCCUAGUACACAAGAGAGAGAUUUCUCACGAUUCACGAAUCUUUCGCUUCGCCUUGCCUCACGAAGACCAGAUUCUCGGCUUACCAGUGGGCCACCACGUUUACUUGCGCGUGAAGAAAGGUGACAGAGCAAGCGGAAACGUCAAGACCGUGCAGCGAGCAUACACUCCGUAUAGCUGCAGUGCCCAACGUGGCUUCAUCGAGCUUCUAAUUAAGGUGUACUUCCCGUCCACAAAUUCGACGCAAACUGAAGCUGCCUUUUCUGGAGGUCAAAUGACCAUGUUGCUCGAAGACAUGGCAAUUGAUGCAGAAACGGAUGCGCAGACGGUAGAAUUAAAAGGAGCUAUAGGUCAUUUUACAUAUAUCGGCAAUGGGCGAGUUCAAUGCAAGCCUAAUAACCGUGUUCGCACCGUUAAUAAGCUCGCUCUGAUUGCAGGCGGCAGUGGAAUCACUCCAAUCUGGUCCACCCUCAAAGCCAUAGCAGACGAGUACUCGGCCUCUUUAGCUUCUGACCAUGACAAAUCAGUAGAAGUAUGGCUGAUCUACGGUAAUCGAGAGGAAAAAGACAUACUGAUUCGUGAGGAGCUUGACCAAAUUUCACGCCAUAUGGAAGGGAAGCUGCACCUAUGGCAUGUGUUGAGUUCCAACGAGGUAAGAGAGGACUGGACGAUGGGAAGGGGGUAUGUCGAUCUAGAGUGCCUACAAAAUCACCUUCCACCAGCACCUUCUCCUCUGGCUGGUGCGGACCACAAUGAUACGUUGGCGUUAGUUUGUGGCCCCCCUGCAAUGGAAGCGAGUGUUUCUACAGCAUUACAAAAGCUUGGGUGGAACAUCAAGGAAGAUAUCAUAACUUUUUAAGUAUUUAAACUAAAUAUCAAUUGCGCGAUGAGAUUUAUUAUUUUGUUUCGUAUUGCACAGGAGCGGCUUCUUGAAGCUUAAAAUUUU